UGUAAGACCGUUGACCUGUAGUGUGUAAGACGUGUUCGGAAUGGAAGGUAAUUUAACCUAACGUUGCUUAUUCUAAUUGAUGACUGAUCAUGGCAGUGCAAAAUUGCAGAAUGCCGCUUAUCCUGAGAAAAGUCAUCACGAAGCAGAGUGGUGGAUGUGUGCGUGCUGUGUGGAUAACAAAGAUGACAGAUCGAUAUUUAUCCUGUUUGGGAACAAACUAUCAAAUCCACCGUGAGAAGGGAAAUGUUACAGGCAAAAAUGUCAUGACCGGAAAUGUGGAUAAGUUCGGUGGAAUCACUGUGCACCUCAACGAACGAGACUUUCCACCUGACAUCAGCGAAAGUGCCUUCAGUAUUCAACUGCGAGACUCUCUCAGCCAUUGGAGGGCAGAGGGUCGCAUCGCGGUGUGGCUGCAUGUGCCCCUCAUCCAGAGCCGCUUCAUCACCGCGGCCGCUAAACAUGGCUUCACCUUCCACCACGCCCGGCAUGACUGGUCCACCCUCUGCCUGUGGCUGGCGGAGGGCGAGAGCAGACUGCCCGGAUUUGCCACGCACCAGAUCGGAGUGGCAGGUGCAGUCCUCGAUGAGGCAAGUGGAAAAGUUCUCGUCGUUCAAGACAAAAACAAGACAAAAAAUGCCUGGAAGUUCCCCGGUGGACUCUCAGAGCCAGGAGAAAAUAUUGGUGACACAGCAGUCCGGGAGGUGUUGGAAGAGACAGGGGUGCGGGCUCAGUUUAAGUCCCUCCUGAGCAUCAGGCAACAGCACAACCACCCCGGAGCGUUCGGAAUGUCGGACAUGUACCUGAUCUGCCGCCUGCAGCCGCUGACGUUCCACAUAGACUUCUGUACCCAAGAGUGCCUGCGCUGCGAUUGGCUCCCCCUGGAGGAGCUGGCCCACACCAACGCCACCACGCCCAUCACCAGCCGCAUCGCCAGGCUGCUCCUCUACGGACUGCAGCACGGCUUCCACCGCAUAGACCUGCCCGUGGAGCAGCUGCCCGCCGUGUACUCCGGAAUGUUCUACCAGCUGUACCACAGAGUGCUGCCCGUGAAUGCGGCCUGAGUCAGGGUCGUGUGACGAGAGCUGUCUCAGGAUUUCACCUCCUCACUUGAUUUAAACUAGGCCCAAUCCUUUAUUUUAACUUUUGAAAACUUCCCCAUAAACCUAUAAAAGCCACAGGUAUAGGCUUCACUAAACUGGAACUGGAUGAGAUGUGCCCCCCUGCUCAAGUUUCUGCUCUCCAUUAGGCUGUGAUGGCCCACUCCCCCGCUCAACUAACCUAGUAAAGUGGCUUUCAUAUGAUCAGCGUCACUCAACAAGGCGUCAAGCCAUGAUGAUACCCGACUUGGCAGCAAAAUUAAGCCUGGAGUAAUUAAAAUAAAGCCUAGCAUAUCCAGUCACAUCACAACUUUGUAUGAAGCAGUAGCCUCCACUACUAACAACACAGAGCCCAGGCAGCGUUUGAUUCUUGUCAUGUGAAAGCGGCUUAAUGGCAGAAACAGCUGCUUCCGUCACCAUUCAUUAGGCCAGAUGAUGGUGCGGGAGAGAGCAAGCGAUGGGCAUCUCUGUGUGGAGUGUUUGUCUCAUCAAAGCAUAUUAAGCCCUUUGCCCUAGUGUUUGUUGCAUCUUAUUUAUUUCCCGCACAUGUCCUUUCUCUUCCUGUUGACAGGGACAGAGAUGCGUAAAGGAAAAAUAUUUUUUUAAUUCCACAGCAAGUUGGAAGGACUUCAGUAGUGGUGCAGAUGGUAAAGGAAUCAUGGAGUUGGGUUUGAGCAGGUCAACUGCAUUUGGGUUAUAACCAAAGAAACGCAAGCAAUCAAAUAAAGACUUGGGUUCAACCAGCCAGUUGGUGAAUGCUCACUUUUGUUCAUCUUUUACUGCUUAGUUGUUGCUCACACUAGCUAUCACUCACUAGUUGUCACUUUAGCUGCAUGUAACUGUGUGUUUCCUCCUGAUAAAUUUGUGUGUAUUCGUUUAAUUUCCCAUCACGCUGUUUCGUUCACAUUAUGCUGGUGUGUUUGAAAAGCCUUUCGGGGAAGGAGAAGGAGCACUGCAGGAUGGUGAUCAGAUGGUGGCUUACCACCGUGUCAUACCAUAUGGCAACCCAAUACCGAGAUCCCAGACUACGUUAUUGUUCUCAUUACCGAUAUCACCACACCUUAUCUACUUAUGGGAAAGUCACCCCAGUUGCCUCAGUACCAAGAAAACACAAGAGGAACCAAUGGGUGGACCACAACACAAUUGGUCAACAACAGUCGGCAAAUGCUAAGCUCUGUCGGUGAAAAAAAAACAGCGGAAAGUUUGGAUGAUUCCGGAAAAGUUUAUGGGAUUGGGAAAGGUUAUGGGGGGCAGUGGGUGCUGGCUGCCCACACAGUGUAUUCACUACUCCUUAGUUAUCCUUAUGUUUGUAGAGCAGGACAUUUCCAAAGUGGAACAGGUUGGGUCGGGAUCAGCUCUUAGCUGACAUGGGGAGGAAGAGAAUGGCCUUCUGGCCCGGGCUGGUCUUCGGCCCGAGUUUGUGCUGCCCGUUCCGCUUCAGUGCCACGUACCAGUCUGGAAACUUCUGUGAGCGAUACGUGUUGUAAUUGUUGGCCUCCAGCCUCUCCAGGAAAUAGCACUCGUCUGUCACACGUCUCUGAAAGGGGGUAAAAAACUAUUAUUAUUUAUUUUUGUUGGGAUUUAUACCCAUAUUUUCGAUCACUGCAACAAGAUAAACACACACUCUCCUCCAAAAUCUGUGUGACACAUCUCAAGCAGCUGCUACAAGCGCCCUCAAUUUAAACUGGGACUGAGUCAGAAGAGGAUACUUUAUUUCGGAAUUAUGGCUCUCUGUGCACCAUGAUUCCUACUGAAGCCAUGUUUGUCAACAAUGGUCUAUGCUCAAAGGGGUUCAUCGGUGCGCAAUGAGGCGUCCUGUCAACUGAAACCCCUCCCAUGAUGACGCAGCUGACUGUGUGCCACCCUGUGGGGCUACCAGCCACAGUCAGCAUUGAAACAGUCCAGAUUGAAAACAUCUUUUUUUUUUUGGGGGGGGGGUGUUUGCACGGAUGUUGCAAAUUUAGAAAAAAUCUAAAACUGAAAUCUCUCAGUUACAUAAGUAUUCAGACCCUUUGCUGUGGCACUCCAUUGUGGUCAGAUGCAACAUGUUUGCUUUAAGUAUCCUUGAGAUGUGUCUACAACUUGAUUGGAGUCAACCUGUGGCAAAUUUAAUUGAUUGAACAUGUGUAUACACCUGUGUAUACACUGAUUAGCCACAACAUUAAAACCACCAGGCACGUGCACAGAUAGGGCCCAAGGGGGGCUUGUGCCCCUGCCCUUUUGCCCUCAGAGUCAAAAAGUGCCACUUUUUGGCUGCUGUUAAUUGCAUUUUAUCUUUAUAUUUAUUUGUUAUUUAUAUUCUAUAAAAAAGAGGGAAAUGUAUAGUACUAGCCAUGAAAAAAUACACCUUAUCAAUGUAAGAUCCACUCAACACUUACUUACUUUUUAUAUUAUACAUCCGUUAAAAAAAAAUGAAAUAGGUCAGUAGGACUUUCAAACUGUAAUUGCGUCAUUACUAGCCUCGGUACUUGCGAGUAGCUAGCUAGUCUAUCAUUAAAACAAUGUUAUCUCCGUCAUGCACAACUUACAAAUAUGCAAUUCAUUUCUGAAGCAGGUUACAUUUUCCAUAGUUUUGGUAGUUUGGUGAUUAGUCGCCCCCCUUUUUUAAUACCCAGUUUACUGAAAAUGUGAUGUUUAAAAGUGUAUUAUUGUUUGGGCAUGUCACAGUGGGUUUUCCCUGUUAAAAUAAAAGUUUCAAUCAAUCACUCAAUUUUGAAUAAGAAGAAGCAUGAUGAACCCUGCUAGAAGAGGCAAAAUCACCUGUCUUCAAUGAAAGGCAAACUACUUCUCUCCUCCCUGACCCUGGAUCAGUUUUUCAGCCAUAGAUGUAGCAAAUAUAUAAGAGUGUGUUUAAGUAGUGUGUGUGCACAAUGUUUUCUUUAUAUAGGCCUAUUUAUUCCGUUUUAUUUAUUUUUGUGUGUUUUAUGUGUUGUUAUUCCUGUUCCUGGAAUAAAGACUGAAGACUAAAGUAUA